GGAGUGACAGGAGAGGAAGAAAAAUGGGCCAAGAAAUCAGAGUGGACGCGCGGGGGGCGCGGGCCCGGGAGCGGGCGGCGGCGGCGGCGAGCGGGGGCCGCGCUCUGCCUCGAGGGACGCUGCCCGCGCGCCGCCCCGGGCCCCCCGCCCCCGCCCCGCAGGCCCGGCCGGGCCUCCGCCUCGACCGCAGCCCUCCCGCGCUCCAGGGCCCCCCGCCGGCCGGCGCGCCGCCUCCCGAGCUGCUCCUCCCCGCGUUCCAACCCGCCGCGGCGCUGCGCUCCCCGCCGCCUGCUUUCGGCGUCGCCCGAUUUCCAGACUCUGCCUCCGCGCCCGCCUCCCUGCCCGCCGCGCCCGGGCGCUCUCCUCCCUUCCUAACUCAGCCCCUCCGUCCCCGCGCCCUCCGCCGUCGGCGCCCCCCGGCCCCCGCGUCCCCCGCGAAGCGCCUAAUGGCCCCCCCGCCGCCGCCUGAUGAAGAUUUAUCGGCCCCGGAGCCCCCGCCCCUCCGCCCCUCGCCGCGGGCCUCCCUCGCCCGCCGCCCGGACACCUGAUGAAGCCGUCAGCGGGGCGGGCGGGGCCGGCGAGCCCGACCCCGGCGGCCUGGGAGCCGCUGAGACCGCGGACGAAGUUCCCGAGACGCGGAACCAAGGGACCCCGGGCGGGAGUAGAGAGAAGGGUGUGGUCACCGGCCCAGGGGGCCCCCCCACAGUGACUCGGCCCUCUGCCCGUGGGCCCGGGGCGGGAGUGGGAGUGGGGGCUCCGGGCGAGUUCGCAGGAGUCGAGGCCUUCAUGGGUCGGCGGCGGAAGUUGGGGCGCGGAAACCUGGGUCUGAGAGAGACCCGAACUUAUGGGUCCUGGGAGAGAAGAAGGUUGGGGACCAGGACCCCUGGGUCCUGGGAGGAGGGGCUGGGGGCCAGGCCUUCUGGGUCCCGGGGGGUAGAGGAGGCCGGGAGCCUGGCCUCCUGGGU